CUGGCCUAAGAUGGGAAAAAUGAAACGUUCGAAAACGUUACACGUGAAUUCGAAACCAAAAUCUAGUGUUACAAAAUAAUUUCUUUAUUCACUAAAAUGGCCGACACAUUACCAGUCAAAUUAGUUUAUUCUCAAAUUUGCAAGCAAGGAGCUGUAAGAGCAGUCCGUUUUAAUGUGGAUGGCACCUACUGCCUGACAUGUGGAAGUGACAAAAGUGUAAAACUAUGGAACCCUCACCGCAAGCUGCUCUUGAAGUCCUACAUGGGUCAUGGGUUUGAAGUGCUUGAUGCCCAGAGCUCGAGUGAUAACAGCCAGAUCUGUUCAUGCAGCAUGGACAAGACUGUCAUGGUGUUUGAUGUGGCCUCGGGAAAGUCUUUGCGAAAAUACAGGGGACAUGCAGGAAUUGUAAACUGUGUAAGAUUCAAUGAAGAGUCAUCACUGGUGCUGUCUGGGUCCAUUGACAGCACUGUCAAGAUCUUUGACCUCAAAUCCAGGAAAAUGGAACCUGUACAGGUUCUGGAUGAGGCCAAGGACAGUGUCACCUGCAUUCAGGUGUCUGACCAUGAGAUCCUGACAGGCUCAGCAGAUGGCAGGAUCAGACGAUAUGAUCUCAGGGUGGGAAAGCUGUGUACUGAUCUCAUUGGAAAAUCUGUGACCAGUGUGACAUUUACCCGUGACAGCCAGUGUGUGUUAGUCUCCACCCUGGACAGCAGCCUAAAACUCAUUGACAAGGGAACGGGGGAGAUGCUUAAUGAGUAUGUUGGUCACAAGAACACAGAUUGCAGAAUAGACAGUUGUCUCAAUGCCAAGGACACCCAUGUAUUUAGUGGAUCCGAGGAUGGCUCUGUGUAUAUCUGGGAUCUUAUUGAGGGCAAGGUCGUCCACCAUCUGCCCCAUGAAGGUCAGAAGGUCGUGCACUCGCUGACCUUUCACCCCUCUGACAACUGUCUUGUCACGGCGGCCGGAGACUCUAUGUACGUCUGGAAGUCCAAGUAUGCUCCCAGCAUUGAUACAUGAGCUGACCAAUCCCUGGUGUAAGGAGACUUAAAAAAUGAAAAUUUACUCGGAUGAAAUGAAGAAGCCAUGUACAUGAGCUGUGGUCCUGCAGAGGUGGUUAUGGAUGGACAAUGCUGUGUGAAAAGUUAAGUGUCUCAGCUGAUGGCUUGAACAGCAAAUUGUUCACAUUUUUGGUCAGAAAAUCCAGUCCAAACGCUGCGGUAUAGGAAUCAGAGACAGUGAAUCUUUCACUGCAAGUAAUAUUGUGGACCAAGAUGCAAACUUCAAGAGAGAACUGAUAAUAAAAGUGAGGUAACUGGCUUGGAUAUCUCUGUUAUUGACAGAGCCAUGGAGUACAGUACAUAUUAAUUCAUUGAGUCUCAGGAUGUACAUGUAUAAUGUAGUUAUUGGUAAAUAUGACAUGCUCCCCAAUGCAAAAAUAAUGAAGUAUUGACAAAUCUGAUAUUCCGAAUAUCUAGGGAAGGUAUCAUAAUAAAAUGUUUAAAGCUGCACUCUUGCACAUUUACGGUUUUUACAACUUUUUAUAUAUUUUUUUGUUUUGGAAUGAGCCAGUUUUGCGUAAGUAUCUGAAAAACAGUGAUAUAAGACUGCUGACAGAAGAUCAGAUUGCAGAUUUUCAUAUUUUCAUUUCAGUUUGAAAAUUAAUGUUUUAUGGCUAAAAGCGUAACUAACGCUUUAAGAAAAAUGCAUAAAACAUCAAUUUUUGAACAUAAAUAUGAAAGUGACAGUACAUAUUGUCCAAGGAAAUAAUUGACAGCACAUUAGACCUUUGAUGUUGUAAGUACAUGUAUUUGAUAUUCUUGCAUUCAGUGAAAUAUUUUCAAUCAUUUGACCAGUGCUGGAAAAUCGAAUAAGUUCUCAUUUUUAGAAGAAUCAAAACAUUUAUUAUUAUUCAAUAUCUGUAUGAAUGUGGUCAUUGAAACACUUGAUAUUCAUAUUCCUAGGCCUCUACCAGGCUCCAGUUUUUCAAAAUGAUUUCAGUAGUUACUGGAUAACUAUUUUGCCAAAUUAAAGCAAGAUAUUUUACAAGCUUCAAAGCUUCCUUUUCAAUCAUGUCAUGAUUGUUUUGUUAUGUGCUUAUAUCACUUGAUUCCUUUUCAUGUAUUAUUGAAACAGUAAAUAAUAGAUUAUGCUCAAACUUAUAUUUGGAAACUGAUAAUGUUAUAUUGAAA